AGAUUUUGUUUUCUAAUGUUUUUAGCUACUAUAUUAUUCAUAUUGAAAUUUCAGUAGUUGUUUAAAGGUUAUUUAAACUUGCUUCUUUAACUGCAAAUAAUAUUUGCUUAAAUUACUUAAAUUAAACAUUUCCAUAAAAACUAUUCAGAAUAAGAUGUUUUUUUUAGAUUGUCAGUGUCAGAAUGCAGUGGAAUGCGAUCAAGAAACUGGACAAUGCCGAUGUAAAGAAGGAUUUCAGGGAGAUUAUUGUGAAAUUAAAACAGGUUGUGAUGUGCCUAUAGUUCGUGCACCACUUAUAAUCACAACUUAUCCACCAAAUGCUCCUAUUUAUAUUAAUUAUACAUGUGCAAAUGGAUAUUCAUUAUUAGGAAGUUCUCAUAAUAUAUGUAAAAAUGGGAAAUGGCAUAAAAGUCCUCCUAAAUGUGUUAAAAUGUGUUCUUAUCCCCCUAUUCCUGAAUAUGGUGAAAUUGAAACUAAAAAAUCACUUACAUAUGCUGCAGGUGAAACAAUAACUUAUACUUGUAAAAACCAUUAUCAACUUUUAGGUGAAAAGAAAAAUGUGUGUAAUAUUGAUGGAAAGUGGAAAAAUAAUCCUCCCACAUGUGUAAAAUUAAAACUUUGUGAUGAUCCAGGAACACCUGACAAUGCUGUAAGAAAUAUCAAUGGUCCCAUCAAUCUGUCAGAAGGAGUUUAUCCUGAAGGAACUAUUAUAAAGUAUGAAUGUGAAAAAUCCUUUAUUAUAGAUGGAAAACAGUCAAUUGUUUGUAAACCUGAUCAAACAUGGUCUGAUCACAUUCCCAAAUGUGUUAAAAGUUGUGAUGUGCCUAUAGUUCGUGCACCACUUAUAAUCACAACUUAUCCACCAAAUGCUCCUAUUUAUAUUAAUUAUACAUGUGCAAAUGGAUAUUCAUUAUUAGGAAGUUCUCAUAAUAUAUGUAAAAAUGGGAAAUGGCAUAAAAGUCCUCCUAAAUGUGUUAAAAUGUGUUCUUAUCCCCCUAUUCCUGAAUAUGGUGAAAUUGAAACUAAAAAAUCACUUACAUAUGCUGCAGGUGAAACAAUAACUUAUACUUGUAAAAACCAUUAUCAACUUUUAGGUGAAAAGAAAAAUGUGUGUAAUAUUGAUGGAAAGUGGAAAAAUAAUCCUCCCACAUGUGUAAAAUUAAAACUUUGUGAUGAUCCAGGAACACCUGACAAUGCUGUAAGAAAUAUCAAUGGUCCCAUCAAUCUGUCAGAAGGAGUUUAUCCUGAAGGAACUAUUAUAAAGUAUGAAUGUGAAAAAUCCUUUAUUAUAGAUGGAAAACAGUCAAUUGUUUGUAAACCUGAUCAAACAUGGUCUGAUCACAUUCCCAAAUGUGUUAAAAUAAAAUGUAAACUACCAUCACCUAUUAACAAUGGAAAAAUAGAUUAUCAAAGUGCUACGGACAAUGAAGUAUCAGAAGGAUUUAUUUUAACAUUCAGUUGUGAUAGACUAUAUCAUUUAAUUGGUAAUAAAACUAUAAGAUGUCUUGAAAGUGGUAAUUGGAAUAGUUUACCUCCAAAAUGUAUAAAAGGUACAAUUAUAAAAUGUAAACUACCAUCACCUAUUAACAAUGGAAAAAUAGAUUAUCAAAGUGCUACAGACAAUGAAGUACCAGAAGGAUUUAUUUUAACAUUCAGUUGUGAUAGACUAUAUCAUUUAAUUGGUAAUAAAACUAUAAGAUGUCUUGAAAGUGGUAAUUGGAAUAGUUUACCUCCAAAAUGUAUAAAAGGUACAAUUAUAACAGCCUGUGAAGAACCACCUAAACCAGCUCAUGGUAUAAAAGAGAUAUCAUACUCUCAAUCUGUUGCUAUUAGUAGAAUUGCAGUUAUAAAUUCUGAGUCUGGAAUAUCAAAUUAUCAGAUAAAAGGAUUAAUUGUAACUGCUGAAUUUAUUGAGAAUAAUAAUUUAGAUAAUAUAAGUUUAGCAACAGAUCUUCCUCCAACACAUCUUUCAGAGCCUAAGAAUAGCAAUACAGAAGAUGCAUUACCUGCUGGAUUGUAUAAAGUUGGUACUCGUGUUAAAUACAGUUGUGAAUCUAGAUAUUAUCAAUUAGUUGGAUCACAAUCUCGAAGAUGUACAAAAGAUGGCACUUGGACUGGAAGGAUAGCAUCAUGUAUUCCAGGUUGUCCACCUUCAUGGGAUCAGUUUGAGGAAUAUUGUAUUUUUAUCAACAAUGACAAAAGAUCAUGGAAUGAAGCUAAGCAUAUGUGCCAAAAUAUGGCUGGACAACUGAUUAUAUUAAAAAGUGAUAUAGAAGAAAAAUUAAAAUCUUACUUACAACUUAAAAAUGGUUCCUACUAUAAUCCCAUUUUUAAAAACUUAAAAUGUAAACUACCAUCACCUAUUAACAAUGGAAAAAUAGAUUAUCAAAGUGCUACGGACAAUGAAGUAUCAGAAGGAUUUAUUUUAACAUUCAGUUGUGAUAGACUAUAUCAUUUAAUUGGUAAUAAAACUAUAAGAUGUCUUGAAAGUGGUAAUUGGAAUAGUUUACCUCCAAAAUGUAUAAAAGGUACAAUUAUAACAGCCUGUGAAGAACCACCUAAACCAGCUCAUGGUAUAAAAGAGAUAUCAUACUCUCAAUCUGUUGCUAUUAGUAGAAUUGCAGUUAUAAAUUCUGAUUUAGCAACAGAUCUUCCUCCAACACAUCUUUCAGAGCCUAAGAAUAGCAAUACAGAAGAUGCAUUACCUGCUGGAUUGUAUAAAGUUGGUACUCGUGUUAAAUACAGUUGUGAAUCUAGAUAUUAUCAAUUAGUUGGAUCACAAUCUCGAAGAUGUACAAAAGAUGGCACUUGGACUGGAAGGAUAGCAUCAUGUAUUCCAGUCUGUGGUCGUUCAGAUUCAAAGAGAGCACCUUUUAUUUUAAAUGGUAAUGCAACCGAAAUUGGUCAAUGGCCGUGGCAAGCAGCAGUGGCUCGAGAAGUUCCAGAUUCAAAUAAAUGGUUUCUUUUAUGUGGAGGAGCAUUAUUAAGUGAACAGUGGGUCACUACAGCUGCUCAUUGUGUAACUAAAGGGGCUACAAACAGAAUUAUAGAACCUGAUAAAUUUAAAAUUUAUUUAGGAAAAUACUAUCGUGAUGACAAACUAGAUGAUGAUCUUGUACAAGAAAGAAAGGUUCAAGAAAUUCAUAUUCAUCCUGAUUAUGAUCCUCAUCUGUUUGAUGCAGACAUUGCCUUGAUACAUUUAGAUGAACCAGUUACUUUGACAACAAGAGUGCAAACUGUAUGUUUGCCAACUGGUACUACUACUAGAGAACAUUUGGUAGAUGGAAAACUUGGUAUAAUAACUGGAUGGGGCUUAAAUGAAAAUCAGUCUUAUUCCCAACAAUUACAGCAAGCAGUAUUGCCGGUUGUAUCUUACGAACGUUGCGAAAAAGCUUAUGAAGAUGCCGAUCUUCCACUUACAGUCACGGAAAACAUGUUUUGUGCUGGUGCAUCCAAAAUUAAUUCGGAUUCCUGUAGUGGCGAUAGCGGAGGACCUAUGGUAUUUGCAGACGAUUCUGGUCGAGAAAGGAAAUGGGUAUUAGAAGGCAUUGUAAGUUGGGGAUCUCCCAGUGGAUGCGGAACUGCAGGCCAAUAUGGUGGUUUCACAAAAGUUUUUAAUUUUAUAAAUUGGAUUCAUCAUUUUUUAUAAAUUUUUCAUUACAAUAUACUUGAUAUGUUGAAGAAUAACAUCAGUUCAAUUCUAGAUGUUACAUUUAAUGGAUUAUUAUAGAAUGAAUUAUUCUAUUUAUCAAUCAAAUAUACAAAUAACCAUAA